UUUGUUUUAGAUGGGCCAGUAACAGUCGGAAUGAGUUUGGAUAUUGCCAGCAUUGAUACAAUAUCAGAAAUUAACAUGGAUUAUACUGCGACUAUUUUCCUGAGACAGCGCUGGACAGAUGAAAGGCUUAUCUUUGAAGGCAACAAGAGCCUAAGUCUAGAUGGCCGUCUGGUGGAAUUAUUGUGGGUCCCUGAUACAUUUAUAGUCGACUCGAAAAAGUCAUUUCUUCAUGACAUCACUGUGGAAAACCGCCUCAUCCGGAUUUACCCAAAUGGAACGGUUCUUUAUGCUUUAAGGAUAACGACCACUGUAGCAUGCAGCAUGGAUUUAACCAAAUAUCCCAUGGAUAAGCAGACCUGCACUCUGCAACUGGAAAGCUGGGGCUACAACAUUAAUGACGUUAUGUUCUACUGGACGAGAGGAAAUGACUCAGUGCGAGGCUUGAACACGCUUCGUCUGGCGCAGUAUACUGUAGAAGAUCACUAUACCUCGGUAUCAGAAGCCGUAUUUUCCUACACAGGGCGAUACCCGAAGCUGGUAUUUCAUUUUGAUCUGAAAAGAAACAUCCUGUAUUUCAUUCUGGAGACCUAUGUACCAUCAAUCCUUCUGGUUGUACUCUCGUGGGUAUCAUUUUGGAUCAGCCAAUCAUCUGUACCUGCAAGAAUUUGCAUAGGAGUGACUACUGUUCUGACAAUGACCACACUCAUGAUGGGUGCCAGAACAUCUCUCCCCAAUGCCAACUGUUUCAUAAAAGCCAUUGAUGUCUACCUUGGAAUUUGCUUCAGCUUUAUAUUUGGUGCGCUGCUGGAGUAUGCAAUAGCCCAUUUUUGUACUCUUCAUCGCCCAGAUCAAAGGAAAGCUGCCCAGGUAGUGUAUAAUCUAGAAUGCUUUCAUAAUGUAAGAUUUGGUUAA